UAAGAAAUGGGUUGUGGUCACAAUUUCAUUUGUAGCCAUAGACACCUCUAUUUCACCAUUUCUUUUCUGUUUCUCUUCAUUUCAAGCUCUACCCAACUCAGAUUUAUUGCUGCAGGUAAAUGGGUAACACUUAGUAGAACAAUAGUGAAACCAAUUGGUCGUUCACAGAUAGUAGAGGAAGAGAAGACGAUUUUGAGAGCACAGAUUGGUUCAAGACCACCAAGGUGUGACAGGAGAUGCAGUUCAUGUGGGCACUGUGAGGCUAUUCAAGUGCCUACAAAUCCCCAAAUAAAGAAUGGAAGCAAAAACUCAUCUUCAGUGUCUAACAUCGACUAUUCAAGAGGUGAUAACUCCAAUUACAAACCCAUGAGUUGGAAGUGCAAGUGUGGCAAUUCUAUCUUCAAUCCUUAAUCAAAUAUUGUAUUAACUAAUUCGCUAUAUAUAUAUAUUAAUUAAUACUCAUUUCAAUCUUGUACAUUGAGUGAUAUAUUCUGUUUCUUUUGCUGAGGAAAA